AUGUUGUGUGCUCGAGGUAAAGAGGUUAAAUGUGAAAAUCAUGAAUCUAUUAUUCAUCCUGAUGACCCAUCGAAUGCAUUGCCUAUUCAUCAACUUGAAAGGAAAUCCAGAGUUGAACGUGGACCAUUUCAGCCUAAACUUGAGCUGUAUCCAAGGACAAAAUUUGGUAGUACUGUACGUAGUUUCAAUAAAUCAUGGUUUGAUAAUUUUGAAUGGUUGGAAUAUAGUCCUAAAGUGGAUAAAGCAUUUUGCUUCAAAUGUCGACUAUUUAAUUCAUCUGAUGGACUCAAUAAAGGCCAAAUAGAUUUUACAUUUUCACGUCAUGGUUUCAAAAAUUGGAAUAAGGCAACUACAAAGUUUAAAGACCAUCAAAAAUCUAAAUCCCACAUUCACUCCAUGACUGCAAACAAAAAUUUUUUAAGUUCUAAAUCAAUAGAUAUUGCAUUAGAUGAGUCAAGAAUUAUGGCCAUUAGUCAGAGAGAAAAAGAACGUUUACAUAAUCGCAGUGUAUUGGUUCGCCUAAUUGACAUCACUCUAUGUUUAGCUAAAAGUGGUAAACCCUUCCGAGGACACAACGAACAAAAGUCCAAUGUUUGUAAAGGUAUGUUUUUAGACUUUGUAAGUGUUCUUAAAAAGUAUGAUGAAACUUUAAGAAAUCACAUAGAUAAUGGUAAAAAGAAUGUACUAUAUACCAGUAAUUUAAUCCAAAAUGAUUUAUUGAAAUCAAUUAACAAUGUAAUGAAACAUAAAAUUUCAUCAAAAAUAAAAAAUAAACUUAUUUCUGUAUGUGCAGAUGAAACAAGUGAUGUGGGCCAUCACGAGCAAAUGUCUGUUGUAGUAAGGUUUUUUGAUCCUUCGAAAAAUAAACCAACUGAAAUAUUUAUAGGCUUACAACGUUUACAUGCAGUGGACGCUAGUUCAAUUUUUAACAGUUUAACUGAAAAAAUUAAAGAAAUUAAUGUAGAUUGGAGUUCGGUCUUGGCUGUUUGUUUUGAUGGAGCUGCUACAUUGUCUGGCAAAAAUAAUGGUGUUCAAGCCAAAAUUAAAAUUGAAAAUCCUCAAAUUCAGUAUAUACAUUGUUAUGGUCACUGCCUUAAUCUGGUUUUAGUGGACUCAUUGGGACAUAAAAAUCGUGUAGUUUUUGAUUUUUUUGGAUGGGCGUGCCGAUCAGAAGCUAUUGAAGCAGUUGAUCAUAAUUAUGAUUCUUUAGUACAGUGUCUUUCAGAAAUAUAUAAGACUACAAAAUUAGCUGAUGUGAGAUUAAAAGCAAAUGGACUUAUCCACAAUCUAAAAAGUUUCAAUUUUAUAUUUGCUUUAACGGUUUUAAAACCUAUUCUGAUUCAAAUUCGCAUAGUUAGCGCAAAGUUGCAAUCACCAGACCUAGACCUCUUAGCUGCCGUAUCAAUUGUUGAAGCACUAAAGAAAUCAUUAACUGACUUAAGAACUGAUGAAGAUAACUAUUCAACAUUAUUUGACAAAGUUUUGGACAUUUGUAGUUCACAAAAAAUAGAGAUACCAAAUGUAAAACAAAGAAAAGUGUCUAGUCGAAUUGACAGCAACAAUACUCAACAUUUUACUUCUGACAAAAAAACAGAAAUGAAAUGUUUUGUGUACUACACAGUUUUAGAUGACCUUUUAAACGGAUUAGAAGAACGUUUUAGUCAAGAAACACUUUUACUAAUAAGUGCAAUUGGACGUUUAUUACAGUUUAAGCUGCAUGAACAAGACUUAAUUUUACUUUCCAAUAGGUUUAAUUUAAAUGACAGUGAACUUGAAGCAGAACUCAGAUUGUUAAAAUCGUUACCAGAAUUUGAAAUUG